AUGGAUUGGAGCGCAGAUGAGAAGAAACCUUUGGUGGAGGAAAAUUCAAAGGAAACCUUAGAUGCAAAAGCAGAAGAUGUAAAAUAUCGUGUAGUUAUUACCUGGCACUACUCUAAGACAAAUGAACCUAACCGCGUCUACGUCUGCGGUUCAUGGGAUGGUUGGGAUAGUCGUCUGAGACUACACAAAAAUGAUGACAUAUUCUCCACUGUACUCCAUCUUUCUCCAGGUUACUAUGAGUACAAAUUUUGCGUGGAUAACGAAUGGUUGACCAAUGAACAUCUUCCUUUUACGGAUGUCGGUUACUACAGCAGAAACAUCAUCACCGUCAAAGAAGACGAAAACGAAGCAGUAGAGCAGACGAGAACUAUUUAG